AUGGACAACACCAAGGUCACAUUCGAUCCGGAAAACAUGUAUAACGGCCAAACACAAACCAACGGUGAGAGCAAACGACUUAUUAUCACUAACUACACCGUAUCCCAAGCUCCACCUAAUGCUACGAAAGCAAGCAUCGUGAACGGGUGGCAUACGAGUAAGAGCGAUCGAGAGGAGCAUUGCACAGUCGACUACACGUGCAACGGCAAGAAUCGACGCCAGCAUGUCUACGACUUUGAUAAGCUAAACAAGUAG